UCUGUUUGAAUCUUGUUUGUUUCUCUGUGAAGGGCUGACUGCUGACUGCUGACUGCUGCUCUGUUUCUCUCUCUCUCUCUCUCACUGUCAUACACUAGAACUGAGGGGCAAUAAAGCAGAGACCCAGCUGGUAAACGAGAAAGUAUCAUCAAAGGGGUAGAGAGAGAAGAAGGGAGGAGAGAGAAAAGAGGGCUCUCUGCCCCAAGAAAUGGCUAUGCGAUAAGGACAUGCUGGUACUUGGUAGGGCACCACUGUCCUCGACCUCUCUCUCGCUCUGUGCUUGGAAUAAAGAAAAGCCCUUCACCUCGCCAGUCUCCCCUACCUUUAAUUCAAAAGCUCCCAAAUUUUCUUUCUCCCUUUUCUUUUCAGUUUUGCCCUUUCCUUCUCCUCUGUCUUUCCGCCCGCGCGCAUCCUCUAUCUCGCAUUCUCUGCUGAUUCUAAAUCUAGGGUUUCUUUUUCUUUUUCCUUUUCUUGUUUCUUUGCUUAUCCAUUGAUGCGUUCAAAGAGACCUACACCUAGCUCGCUUUAUGCUGCGUCACUGCUUAUGAUCCUCCACAUUUCUUCGCAGUAGGCUCUGUGUAGGUUUCUGGGAGUUAAAACUGUCCAAGCUCUCACUGUGUUUUCAUCUGCAGUAAAUGCAUGGAUGGGAGAGACGCCAUGGCAUUAUCUGGGUCAGCCUCGUAUUACAUGCAAAGAGGGUUUAGUGGGUCUGGUUCCGGAGGAGCACAGAGCACAGGGUUUCACAUACCUCCUGGGUAUAGGCCUGUGUCAAACCCUAGUGUUCCGGUUCAUUCCAAUGUCCGAGGCAGCUCUGCGGGAUCGACGUUCCCGGUAGAGCACUCGCAACCCAAUUUCUCUCAUGGCGUUAACAUGGGUAUGCUGCAACCCAGCGAGCCUGCGAAGAAGAAGAGAGGGCGGCCUCGAAAAUACGGUCCCGAUGGGGCUGUGUCUUUGGGGCUUUCUCCAAUGUCGGCUCGUACUCCUCCAGGAUCAAUCACGCCUGGCCCCAAACGCGGCAGAGGAAGGCCUCCUGGUUCUGGGAGGAAGCAGCAAUUAGCAGCUCUUGGUCAAUGGAUGAAUGAUUCAGCUGGAUUGGCUUUUGCACCACAUAUAAUUACCAUUUCAAUGGGAGAGGAUAUUGCUGCAAAAAUAUUGUCUUUUUCACAACAGAGGCCAAGGGCUCUGUGCAUUUUGUCAGGCAAUGGUACAGUUUCUUCAGUAACACUACGUCAGCCCACAUCUUCUGGUGGGAAUGUUACCUAUGAGGGUCGUUUUGAGAUAUUAUGCUUGUCGGGUUCCUAUUUGCUUUCUGAAAGUGGAGGCCCACGCAGUCGUGUUGGAGGUAUAAAUGUGUCUCUUUCUAGUCCAGAUGGUCAUGUUAUUGGUGGUGCAGUGGGGAUGCUUAUUGCAGCAGGCCCAGUUCAGGUGGUAGCUUGCAGCUUUGUCUAUGGCGGUUCUAAGUCGAAGAAUAAAGCAGUGGCUGGUCCCAAAGGUAGUGAAAACUUGGGGCACCAGCCAGGUGAGUCGUCAGCACCACCCAGCCUUCCCUCCACUCAAAACCUGUCCCCAACCUCUGCAAUGGCCAUUUGGUCUGGUUCGCGGCCAGUAAAUCUGAGAAACCCCCACACGGAUAUUGACUUGACCCAAGGAUGAAACUCGGGGCAAUGCUGUACAUACAUACGUGUUGUUGUAAAUCAACCACGGCUUUUGACAGAUCCCCAUAUGAACUGUGAGAUUUGAGAAGUUUGGCCGUUAGUAGAUCGUGGGUGGGAUGGGUUUCUGCUAACAUAUUUUGUGUAAUGGUGACCACCACCAUUGUGGGCUUCGUCGUAGUAACAAGAGUCGUAGAAAAAAUUCCUGGUAAUUUGGAGGUCAAGAGAAGCAGUAGGUGUGUGAGCUCGGAAGGGAGAUGUGGGUCCUUAGGCGUCCAGAUUUUUUGUUGUAACUUAAAUUCUCCAUUCCUAGCCUUGUAGAAAUUAUUUACUAUGCAAUUAAAUGUUAUUUUAAUGACAAAUUCCUUUUCAGCAAA